GUGAUUGAUAUUCAUCCAGGCAUCAUCAUUCAUCACUUUACAUAACUGGAAAGCAUAGGCCACAAAAGCUGGCCUUUUCCAAUAAAAGAAUAAGAAGAAAUAAGAGGUGUGACCAGAUGGCCUUUUCCAUUUGUUGCUAAUACCGAACAGUUGGGAAUAUUGACAUGGUCAUCCUAAGAACAAAAUGAGUGGAUGAAACAUUGGCAUUAUUUGGAUAUGAAUACAAGUGCCCUGGCCUGCAUCUUCAUCUUCUCUAACUGAAUUUCCUUUCCAAUUUGUUGUUCUUAUUUGUUUAAAGAACUCAUUCCAAAGGAGAUGUCAAGCUUCAAGUUUGUACUUCAGGGGAAGGAGAAACCUCUCAACUGCCCAAUGCCCCUUAGAUGCCAUCCUUGUACUGACCUUGUUGAUGUUAUCCUCACAAAGGAUGAAGAACAGAGUGCAGGAUUCUUCAAUGGGUCUCCGCCGUGCAGAGUAGCGAACCCGGUGGUUAAUGAUCCUCGUUUUCGGUCGAGAAGAGGAGGAUGUGUUCCGGCGAGGAUUAGUGGUGGUAUCAUGCCGGCUGCCGUGAGAAUUGAAGGCUUCUCUUGUCUUGAUUCUGCUGAUGGAAAACACAACCAUGUUUGUUAGAAAGACUCAACAUAACCUUUACAACAAAACAAAAGAAAUUAUAUGCUGACAUUGGUUUGUUAAAGGAAGGGACAAUUGCAUUAAGUUUUGUAUAUAGAGAUCUUUUGACAGCAAGUCCCAUUCUCUGUUAUCAAAAGCAAAUAUUGGAUGAAGAAUUAGCCUCCAUGAAGAUCAUUCAGAGAGAAGACAGAGACAUCUAGUGCCUAGGAAUUGUCCUGCAGUAUAAAUAUAUUUGCUAGUGUUUGAUGACUAUUUGCCGGCGAAUCUGUGUGGUUUUCUAUUUGGCUUUUAACCUGCCGGUUUUGUAUGAAGAGAGAAUUUGGUUGUUUUGAUUAUUAAGGGUGUGAAAGUCUGUAAAUACAGAUGAAGGUCAAUCAGUGAUCAAAUCAGGAAUUGGUAUUUGCCAGAUGUAAAUGUAUAAUCUUGGUGUUUGUGUGUGUGAAAAUAAAAAGAAAAUUAAAAUAAUAAAAUUCCUUGAUUU